CCCAUCUCCACUCUCUCAGGUGUCAUCUCAGACCCACCACCCUCUCUCUCUCUCGUCUCUUCUCUUCUCUUCUCUUCUGGUAGAAAAAAGAAACCACAGCUCUCUCUCUCUAUCUCUCUCUCUCUCUCUCUCUCUCCCCCCGUUUGUAACACGGCAGAGGACUUCAAUGGCCGACGCGAAGAAAUAAACAUUCGGGCAGACAUCGAUUGGAGUUCAUCGGCCUGACUCAGUUCAAUAUUGGAAAGGCCAAGGAUUUCAACUGAUAUUUUCAUAGAGUCUGGAUAUUGAUUGCAGAGUGAGGGAACAACUGCGCUGAUCUUUGUGCGCUGGUGGUGAAUGGGAACCUUUGAAGACAUGGGUUUUUUUGGCAAUCUAGAAUUUCUUUCAGCUCCUCCUGGGGAAGGUGAUGUAGUUCCUGAGCGUGAAGCAGAGGUGACAGUGGAGGAGGAUUACACCGAUGAUGAGAUGGACGUUGAUGAGUUAGAGAGGAGGAUGUGGAGAGACAGAAUGCUAUUGAGGCGGCUCAAAGAACAGAAUAAAGGAAAGGAGGGGACCGACAAUGCAAAGCAGCGCCAAUCCCAGGAGCAAGCUCGAAGGAAGAAGAUGUCUCGUGCUCAAGAUGGUAUCCUGAAAUAUAUGCUGAAAAUGAUGGAAGUGUGUAAAGCACAAGGUUUUGUGUAUGGGAUUAUUCCUGAGAAGGGCAAGCCGGUGAGUGGAGCCUCUGACAAUCUGCGGGCAUGGUGGAAGGAAAAAGUCAGGUUUGAUCGUAAUGGUCCUGCUGCAAUUGCCAAGUAUCAGGCUGAUCAUUCGAUCCAUGGGAAGAAUGAAGACUGCCAAACAGUGGCAUCCACUCCCCACACCUUGCAGGAGCUCCAGGACACGACUCUUGGGUCACUUUUGUCAGCUCUGAUGCAGCACUGUGACCCACCCCAGAGGCGUUUUCCAUUGGAAAAGGGUGUUUCACCACCAUGGUGGCCCACCGGGAAUGAAGAGUGGUGGUCUCAAGUGGGUUUGCCUAAAGAUCAGGGGCCUCCCCCAUACAAGAAGCCUCAUGAUCUGAAGAAGGCUUGGAAGGUAAGUGUUCUCACAGCUGUGAUUAAGCACAUGUCCCCUGACAUUGCUAAGAUCCGAAAGCUUGUUAGGCAGUCAAAAUGCUUGCAGGACAAGAUGACCGCCAAGGAGAGUGCCACUUGGCUGGCUAUUAUAAACCAGGAAGAAGUUCUGGCCCGAAAGUUAUAUCCUGAUAGAUGUCCACCUUUAUCAGCUGCUGGGAGUGGGUCUUUUGUCGUCAGUGAUGCUAGCGAUUAUGAUGUUGAAGGGGUGGAUGAUGAACCAAAUGUUGAAGUAGAAGACUGCAAGCCUUGUGAUGUUAAUCUCUUCAAUAUUGGGGCUGCUGGACCAAGAGAUAGGCUUAUGAUGGCACCAGUAGAUCACCAAAUUAAGGGUGAGCUCAUUGAAAUCAACUCAGAUUUUACUCAAAAGAGGAAGCAGCUGGCUGAUGAGCCGCAUACUAUGAUGGAUCAAAAGAUAUAUACCUGUGAGUACCCCCAAUGCCCAUAUAACAAUUACCGCCUGGGGUUUCUGGACAGGAACUCUAGAAACAAUCACCAAACGACUUGUCCAUACCGUGGUAAUUUUGCCCAAGUGUUUGGAACAUCAAACUCUCAAAUCAAUAAUGACAAGCCAACGGUCUUCUCUCUGCCCUUUGCUCAACCUAAGCCAGCCACUCCACCUAUGAACCAGACAAACCAGACUCCUUUCAGUGUUUCAGGACUUGGACUUCCUGAAGAUGGGCAGAAAAUGAUCUCUGAGCUUAUAUCAUUCUAUGAUACUAAUCUUCAGCGUGGUAAAAGCAUGAAUCCUGGGAACCUCAAGGCUACAGAAGAUCACAACCAGCAGCAGAAGUUUCAACUUCAGAUGGACGAUAACUAUUACAACCAAGGGGUUAUUAUGGGGGGAAACAUGUCUGAAGAAACCAACAUGCCCAUUCAUCCCACGGUGUUCCCCACAGCAGAAGUUCAGUUUGAUCAGUGUAAGGCAUUUGAUCCUCCAUUUGAUAACAACCCCCCCAAUAAUAUUGCCGACUUCAGGUUCAGCUCUCCGUUUAGCCUUCCAUCUGUUGAUUAUACAGUGGAUUCAAUGCCAAAGCAAGACAUCUCUCUGUGGUACCUUUGAAGAAAAAAUCAGAACCUGUAUCUUAGGCUUUCUUUGGUCGACACCGCUAGUAGAUAUGGAAGGCUGUAUGAAGGACGGAGCUUAUAUCUUUUGAGUUCCACAGGCUGGAUGGAUGCAGCCUCUUCCUUUUCUGAUUCUAGUUUUGUAAUAUAUAUAUAAGCUUGUUUUACUGAGACGUUUAAAACCCACCUGAACUUGAUGCUAGUUCUGCAAUGCUAGGUGUUAGGAUGCUUUCAGUGCAGUACUGAAAAGGGCCAAUAAAGAACUGUGAAGGACCAAUCCAAUACUGUACUGCUAUUGAAAUGUUUAGAAGCAUAAUCAUCCUCCUGUUGCAAAA